AUGAUGCAAACCGCCCUCCAUCAACCUGUGGCUACCACCCUGCGAGCCGACGCACCCGUCAACAACACGACGACCACCACUACUCCCUCGACUACAACCCUCAAGGGAGCUUCCGCCUCCUCAGCGCUCCCAUUCCCUUCCGCGCUUCUUCCGCAGGAUCCCCCACGCACCGUCGUUACAGUUUACGGGCCGGGCCAGGACACGAUCGUGCAGGUGGUCGCAGACGUCCUCGGAAAGCCAUGGACAACCGAGACCUCGCUCUCAGCACUCGGACGGGGCAGCAGCGCAGUGGUCGUUGGCAUCCGCGCGACGGAUCUUGCAGGGAGUUUGCAAGAGGCAGGAGCGGGAUUCGACCGGUCCGCAUGUAUACUGGUGAACUUUCAUGGCGUCGAUGACGGGUCCUUCCCCGAGGAGUCGCUGACGGAGCUAUGCGACUACGAGUUCCUGUACUCGCUGCGGAGCCCCUUUUUCCGGCGCGACCUGACGCGCUUCCUCUCGCUUAUCUUGGGCCAGACGAGGCCGCAUGAGGAUCUGAAGACGAAGAACCGCACGAAUUUCAUUUCGACGACGUUUCCGGAUGUGCAUGCGGCCUUGCCGAAUUUGGAUAUUCUCUCGGUGGGAUCGGAUGCUGUGGAAAUUCGUGUGGAUUUGCUGGUUGAUCCGGAGCCGCUGCAGAGCGACGGUAGGAAUGCGAAUGCGACUGCGCAGCCAAGCCCCGUGCCGAGUCUGCGGUAUGUAGGGCAGCAAUUGAUGCUCCUGCGGCAGCACACGGAGAUGCCGAUUAUUUUUACGACAAGGUGCACAAAGGAGGGAGGCAAGUUUCCCAUGGACGACCCGAAUCUGUUCUACCGGUACCUGCGGCGCGCGAUCCAGUGGGGCGUCGAGUACAUCGAUGUGGAGCUGUGGCUCCCAGAAAAGGUGCGCCGGUCAUUAGCAGAGGUCAAGGGGAACAGCGUAAUCAUGUCUGCCUUCCACGACUAUUCUGGCGAGUGGAAGUGGACGUCGCCCGAAGCACCGAGAAUCUUCGAGGAGAGCGCCAAGUAUGCGGAUAUCGUCAAGAUGAUUGCGAUGGUGCACAGCGUCGAGGCGAACUAUGAGCUGGAGUAUUUCCGGUCGACGGUCAAGCAGACGCAUGGGGCGUAUCCGCUGUUAUCAGCGGUGAACAUGGGACAGCUAGGACAGCUGUCGCGUGCGCUCAAUACAGUCUUUUCGCCCAUCACACAUCCGCUCCUCCCCAUGAUCGCCGCUCCAGGCCAGUUGACAGCGGCCGAAAUCAAUGAGGCACUCCACAUCAUGGGCCAGUCUCCCAAGCGCGACCUCUACGCCAUCGGCUCCUUCCGCGCAACGCCGCAGUCCAUGUUUAUGGAGAAAUGCUUCAACGAGCUCAGCCUCCCGCACACACUCACCUCCAUCGACCGCGGCCCACCGGGCUCCCUCGAGCGCGUAAUCAGCCAGCCGAGCUUCGGCGGCGCCGCGCUCCACCCACCAAUUCCCAGCAACUCGCGGCUCCCCGCUGUAAGCGACGCCGCGCGUGCAAUUGGCCUCGUAGACACAAUUGUCGUAACAAGCCCGGGGACUCUCGUUGGCGAAAACGCCAGCUGGAAGGGCAUCCGCGCGACAUUGACGCGGGACUACGUGCCCAGCGCAUACCGCAAUCGCGCGGCAAUUAUCCUCGCAAGCUCCGAGAGCGAAGCCUCGUCGAGCAUCUUCGCGCUGCGCAGUCUUGGCGUCGGCGCAAUCUACACAGUCGGGUUCCGGGGAACGGGCCCACUAGCCGAGGGCCUCGAACCGUUUACCACGAUCCAAUCCGUGAAACUCGUCGAGCAGCCCUUUGUCAUCGUCUCGGCUCUCCCGCCGGAGAAAUCCCUCCUCGUGCAGCCGCUUCUCCGCCACUACCGCAGUACAGGACGGGCAUCUCCGCCCUCGACACGGGGGAAAGUCUAUCUCGACCUCACCCGCGGAGAGAGAAAUGGUGAUCCGCUGGGUGUUGCGGAGCGGGCUGGCUGGACGGCGUACGGGAUCGAGGACGUGAAUGCGUGGACGACGGUUGAGACGCUGAGGCUGCUUGUUGGGCAGAAUGUGCCGUUUGAUUUUGUGAGGAUGGCGUCGGGGAGGAUUAUUUGA